CUACACUCCGUGGCGGACGCCUCAACCGAGUGGCACGUCUGCUCUCAGCCCUGACCCUCGUCCGACAUCUUCACUAGCUGAUACACUAUUAAGCACUUUCUUAUUGGAGCCUAUUUGACCCUCCACUUUCACGCUAAGAACAUUUGCAGGAGGAGUUUGUGAGCAACAGACCAGUAGCGCCAGGCAACGUGUGCGCUGAAUCUUGCAAUCCGUUCCCUCGAACUCCUCUCCCGUCGGCCGCCAUGCGUUCGUAUGCACUAGUCGCGCUGCUUGCGGCGCUCCUGGCGGGCGCCAGUGGAAUAACAGUUUUUAAGUGCUGCGACGAGUACGAGAUGCUUUCGGGGGACGGGAGAUCGUGUGUGCGGACUGAUUGGACUUCCAAAGCUCAAAUCACAUCCGACAGUUUUGUCCCUGGAAUUAAGGUAUUUCUUCCUCCGCUGAAUGAGGACUGGGUGCGAAGCUGGCUGCCGCCCGGUCUGCCACUGCACAGAAUCGAAAGUGUGCUUGCCCAUCAUUUCACCCAUUAUCCAACAUUUCGAUGGGUUUUGCCUGUCAGCGCAUCGUGUGAGUGGAACAACCAAACGCGCGUCGGGGAGGACGUCUUGGGGCCGAAGGUCAUCUACUUCGAUGACGUAUCCGUCGUGCGGCCUAACCCUGGAGGAGGAUUGAGGACAGCUGAGUACUGUGUGGACGCAGCGUUGCCUCCUCUCGGGCCCUUUGCAAUGCAUGUGAACACCAGAUGCACCGAAAAUGAGUGCCUCAGAAUGUGCUGCGAUAACGGGCAAGUGGCGGUUAACAAGAAAGAGAAUUGGAUGUGUGAAGAAAAUAAUCAAAGUGAUUGGACGCCCUUGAAUGCUUCCUCCGCAAGGAACUUGGACCGAGAGUACCCUCACUUCAUUCUGAAAUACUGUCCACGCAUGCACCUCGCAGACCCUCAAGACUUCUCCGCGCAUUUGGGACCCCACCCAAAACGCGACAAUUUCUUCAGCUUUUGGUUAACCUGCUCGGCCUAUCACCGCAACCACAGUACUUUCCAGGAAGGCUUAUUCUACUGUGAAUAUCCACGGGUUGCGAGAGGGUUGUACUGGAUGCUGCAACCACUGUGUGUUGUGUCGGCUUUGCUGCUGGCCGUGGUGCUACUGAAUGUCGCUUGCGAUGGUAGCAUGCGACAGAAGGUGCACGGAUGGUGCCUGGCAAGCCAUGCUCUCUGCCUUUUUGGAUUCAAUGUCGGACAGAUUGUGUACUAUGUGCUGGUCAGAUACGUUGAUGAAUCGCUUUCGAUUAUAGGAGACGGUUGCAGACAUUUCGUCUUGGCAUGGGGACUGCCCGCUCUGCUGACGAUCACGUGUUCCUUCCUGUUUACUCCUUGGGACAUAAUGAGGGGCACCGCGGAACCGCCGUGGGAGCCAUCGCUUGCGGAGGCGAGAGUGUGCUUCAACGAACCUCACGAUCCGAAUGAUGCAGAUGGUAGAAUAUACAAUUUAUAUUCUUACAAAUACGGAACCGCUAUCUUCUUUUACGGCCCUGUGUUAAGUCUAAUGUUCUGCAACGUCGCCAGUCUCUCUAUCACCUUGAGGAAGAUUAAGCGUCUCAGAAGAGGGAACUCGGUUCUACGCAGAGAGGGAGAUGCGAGGCAGCGCCAAGCGGAGGGGAAUCCCCGAUGUGCAGCGAUCGUCCAAAGCGCUAAUGGAGGGACCUCCGGGAGCGGCAACGGCGGCAGCAAUCGAAGAGAAGUGGAUGCGAAAGCAAUUAAAAUGUAUCUGAAAAUGAUACUGAUGACAGGAGCACUAGAAUUCAUUUCGGAGAUCAUAAUCUGGACCACCACACAAAUGGAAUUCAAAUAUUCUUUGAACCCUGAUACACCCGACUUAUCAUUUGCCUUAGAUGAUUACCAUCUCCCUUACCGCUCGUCAGGGUACGUGACGGACUUCUUGAGGGCGGUGUGCGUCGCCUGGUUAGCCGCCCCGGAGGGAGGCUACUUGGGCCCAAUCCUAAGGCGUCUGCGAGGAGUCAAGAAAUAGAAACUGCAUUUCAUCUCUUCGCCGAAUACGACAAACAGAAAUUGCUUACACCACUACAUCUUCACGGACAAGUUGUGUCCAAUUCCGUUUGGUGUGCUUGGUUUCAAUGCAGUGCUCAUAUAUGAGAGAUCAGGUGCUAUUGAGCUAUAAUGGUAUCAUUCGUUCAAUUGUCCACUUUUCACUUAAAUAAUCAAGUCUCUCGCAAUUCAAUUACAUUAUAAAUAGAUGCUCUGUUCCUGUAUUAACUUUCUCGUAUUUUAACAGCUUAGCUUAUUUGACAUGUAGAUUUGCAGAUACAAUUGAGGACAUGUGCUUGCUUCUCGUAGUUAUUGUGAAUGAUGUCUGUUGUAAUAUUAUUUGUACUUGUGUCCAGUGUGGCCAGUAGUACCAAAUUGUCGAAUUUCAAUCCGCAUCGAGCCAUGCGGACGACUAAAAAAAUCCGAAUUUUUACAAUUUAUGAAAAUGAUGGUAUUUUAUAUUGUUUUUAGCCUUUUUUUGCAAUGCUCACACACAGGUGACGCUUUGUUCCAGUUCCCACAGAAAACUUUACAUUUUCUGUUAUACAAGGAAAUAGAGACGUAUGUUCAAGACACACAACUGGUGGUUUGCACAUGCGUACCGUCAGAGUCGAGUGUCUCGACUCUCGAUGGUCUACACCGUCUCGACACUACGCAAGUGCAAAGCAAAAACAGCACACGGCAAAUCGUCAACUAGAAAAGCAAUUUUUGACUUUCUGCAGUUUGUACAUGGUCGAAAACUUAGAGUUUAACUGCUGCGUGGAUACAUGCAAUAUAUUUAAAGAAAAAACAUUCAUAACCUUUUUCCUGGUACCUGAGGACUCGACAAUUUCUUCUCAUAUCAUAAUUAAACUAGUGGUGCUACAACAGCACAUACUUUAUCGCGUUAUUGGAAACAGCUAUGUAAUAAUAAAGU